AUGUCUGCUACCUACGAGCCCGAUCUCCCAGCAAAGAGUCUCACUCCACAGCGCAAGCACAGGAAGCUUUUGAAGGACGGGUCCAGCGAGGUAUGGCCAGAAGACAUUGAGCGAGUAUUCGUCCAAGGCCUCCGUGAAUAUUGGGAGUCACCGUGGGCGACCUUUUCUCGUGGCCGGAGUCGCUGGAGGAACCAGUUUCUGGUCGAUUACCUCCAGAGACACGGCGUGGAGCGCUCCAAAAAGCAGGUCGCCAGCCACAUCCAGGUCUUGCGAAAUAUGUGGAAAGGAGAACCAGAGUAUAGAUUGGUCGCCGGAGGGGACGAGCUUUUCCUUGAGACCAAUAUCAAGGCCGAGGACCAGUCUGACCCUCAGUUACUCACCUCCACCUCCUACGAUGAACACUCACCAGCUUCU